AUGAAAGUAAACUUCAGAAAUUUUGUUCUUAACGUCUGGAUAAUGGAUUUCUACGAUUCUAAGGCAGCUGUUGAUGCCAUGGCGGCACUCCAAGCUCGCAUCCGUGAGCUAGAAGCUGGUAAUGCUAAGCUCAGGAAGGAAGCUUCAAGGCUGAGAGUGCUUGCAGAUGAAGAUGAAUCAAAAUUACAAGAAAGAGAGCUUUCUUUGAUGGAAGCAUCAGACAGAGCACAAAAGAUGCUUGAAGGAGCUUCUGAAACUUUAACUGAAUUAAGAAGAAUUAAAAAAGAAAAUAGAUCGUUAGAAAAAGAAAUUGCAGAAUUACAAGAACAAUUAACAAGAAAGGUAGAUUCAGAACGUAAAUCAGCAAAUUCACUUGCAUCAAUGGAAAAACAGCGAAAACAUGCUAAGAAGCUUAUUGCUGAAUACGAAGCUUUAUUUAAAGAAAUAUUAACACCUCCUGCUCUUGAUUUACAGAGAAUAGACGGCGUUCCAUUCAAUAAUACAGCAAUUACAGCUAAUACACACUCAUUACCUGCCACACUUCAAACUGUAAUUCAAAUAAUUCAAACGCUGCCAUUCCCAUUCAGAGAUCAGAAGCUUGAAAAGAAGAGAGAAAUCAUAGUUGAACUUUUGAAAGCAAGAGAUAUCUCUGCUAGAAUUGCUGACGAAAUUCAUGAACUUGAGCUCCAAAAACGAGAUAUGGGCAAUUCUAGACGCAUACAAGCUGAAAUCGAUGUUAAGGCAUCACAUUAUUAUUUAAUCACUCAGGCUAUGUCUCGUUUCAGAUUUGAAUGA